AAAAAAGAAAAAACGGUAGGAACGUGGCACACGUUAUUCAUUAUUUCUCCAAAUCAAAACUGACCAAGUUGAACUUGAUUUGCCUGCGCUUUAAACAAUAUUGAAGUUGAAUCAACUCGAAUUGCCCGUAACGAAAGCUUGCCACGUGCUGUGCUGGCUUACGAAUCGAGGUUUGCAAAAGCCCUAAAGAAUCAGACAAUAAGAUUGAAAUCUGUUUGCAGCGAUACAGUGUAUGCUAUUAGGUGUUCUAUCCUUUGAGGCGCACAAAUCCUUUCUUCUUGUGCCAAGUCUUUGACCAUACGUGGCCAAGUAUGUUCCCUGGAUCGCCUGUUGAAUGAUGGUCCGCGACCUCGAACUUCUAAAUUCUAUUCGAAUAUUAGGGGUUUCAUUAUGGUGAGGAUUUGAGAAGACGCUCGAUUCUUUUUUAAUACUGUCUAGCGUAUCCUCGGCUUUAUUCCUACUAUAGCCUAUAGUCAGGCAUUCUAGGCGGCCCCGUCGUUCUCCGAUCCGCUAUCAUCUCGCAAUUCUUACUUCUUCAAGCAUCGCAGAGAACUAGAUAUAAGCCGAUACUCCAACCAAGACCAACGGCUUAUUUCUCGCCAAUAUGUCGUUCCGAGAAGAGACAAGGGAGGCUCAGCCUUCGUCCGGAAUCGCUUCUGGUAAUGAUUAUUCUUCAAGGCCAGGACCGCAGGAUAAGCCAAACCCGAGUGACUCGAGAAAGCAUGUUCGCAUGUGCUGGAUCUGCCACGAUGACGUAGAGCCUACGUACGAGGAGACGGGGUUUUUGGACGGUAUGCGGAACCGGCGCCCGAAACGACAUUAUGUGUCUGAGAAUGGAGACCGCCUUAUCAAUCCGUGUCAUUGCAAAGGCAGCGUCAAAUACGUCCACGAAGGGUGUCUCAAACUGUGGAUGAACGAAAACCCGAAUGCUUGGAAAUGUGGUCGAUGCCAAUAUCAAUAUAGGAUGGAGAGAUUGAACUGGGCCCAGCGACUACGGAGUCCAAUCCUAGCCUUGGGACUCACCAUCUUCAUCCUGUUGAUCACAGUUUUCCUACUCGGCUUCAUAGCCGACCCCAUUCUUAACUUGUGGCUUGACCCUGUUGGUACCAUUGCAGAGUCGGUUACAUCUGGUCAUAUCAUUAUGGAUGACGGUAUUGAACUGUCACCGGACGCAGGCUGGUUUGACCAUUUCUUGAAGGGGCUCUUCUCGUUAGGUCUCCUCGGAUUUGUGAAGGCAUUCCUUGUUAUGAGUCCUUGGCAAUGGUGGAAUUUACGGACUAGUGGUAUAAUCGGGGGAGUGGGUGGCCGUCGUGGUGGUACUGGGCGUGACCGAAUGGAAAAUGUUAAUAUGACCCUUGUCCUCAUCGGCGUACUUACCUUUUUAUAUACUGUGUGGAAGGCUACUCGAAAAUGGACCGAGAAGACCCUUGAUAGGGCGAGUCAAAGGAUUUUGAACGUCCAACGCGACAACAAUGACGAUGAUGUUGACAGUGCUGAUGAAGAGGACUAGCAUUAAAAAGCGAAAAUAUAACCUACCGACUAAUUUUUUGAAAGACCUUCAAGGCAACUGAGACAUAUGACAGCUUUGAUCAUGACCGUCUUGUUGCAUCGUUUUGGAAUUAUGUACUGUUUGUUGGAUGCAUUGCACACUCUUAAGUUGCCUCGAAGUUACGCUUCCGUUUCUUGUCGACUAGUCUGUGUGCAAAGAUUGAUAUCUUGUUACUGUCUGAUGGGUUUUGGGCGUCUUGCUUAUACCCGUAUGCAGAUAUGUUCAAGGACGUCGGAUCUCCCGCCCUAUGUUGAUGGCUCUUUUUGAGCCGAAUCUACGUCUCCGCCCUUUUUCUCUUCCUUUGAGAUUUAUAUAAAAGGUGUGGAUUGGCAAUUUUCGAUACAGAACAGAAUAUAACAUUCCAUGUAGUUGCAUACCUACCUAUCUAAGAUUCUACCUACCUAGUACUAGGGUGGUAGUAUUGUAUAUAAUACGGAAAAAUUGGAAUCCAUUCUGUCUGAGGUUGAAUUGCAUGCAUGUGGUAUUAAUUCAGGAUAUUUCAGGAUGUUUCUUGCAUAGAUGCCAAGUCGUACACGGUAGAAUUUAAGAGUGAAUUAAGAUGGAAUCUGAUGGAUUAUGUAGCAUUUGAGGGCAACCCCCCAUUUAUUCAAAGAAGAUAUCCAAUAAGAUGCAUGGAUAUAGG